AUGUCUGAAGAAACUCCAACCGAAUAUGUCAACAAUAAUAAAGCAACCCUGGAAACAUAUUUGCAAUCUCUCGUGUAUCGCUAUAUCGAUCAUGCAGUUAUCAAUCACGACCAUUGGACUGGUUCCGUAUUGGGGUUGGCGCAUUCGUAUUGCAAUGUACAAUAUGGCAGAGUUGAAAAGCCACGCGUAGACAUUUUUUCGCACAAUGCUCCUUUCGAUCACAGCGUAAUGAUUAAUAAGCACUUUGAAGAAUUUUGCAGCUUUCCGUGGUCACAUAAAGACGAUCCUGAUCUAGGCGAUUUUGAUAACAUCGUCAAACGACUGUCGUUAGAACAUUCUUUUUUUAUUACUGACAACAUGAGCAAAAUUAAAUCGUUAUCGUUUGGGGAUUUUUGUGUGUUUAAAGACAGUUAUCGUAUUACAAACACGUCGCUAGCAGAUGCUACUCGUAAUUUAGACACAAAAACUAAAGAACAAGUACGUUUGUCGGUUAUACAUUAUUUGAUUAAAACAAAAAUCGUUUCGCAUCAACAAGGAGCUAACUUGAUUAGCAAUGUCGAAGGAACUCAGUUUUUUACAGGAAAAAGUUGCUUUCCUUACUCUAAAAUUAGUUAUAAAAGUUUGGAAGAGCCGCUCGUCGACGUUGACGGUAACCCAUGUUGCCCGCCUAUCGAAGAUUUUUUACACAACAAAUUGAGUCGAAGUAAAAACGAAGAAGAUGAACGAGUCGCGCUAAAGGAACCUUAUGAAAACGUGGUAGCCAUGUGGAAAAUGUUAGAUUUGAAAAAAUACUCUACUUUGUUGGAAAUUUAUAAUGUCAUUGACACGAUCGCUUUGGCAUUUGUUUUAUAUGAUUUUGACAAUAAAAUUUACAACGAACUUCAUUUUCAUGCCAUCUCGGAACUUUCUUCUUUUUCCUUUUCAAGUAAAAUGAAUUCGUAUAUUGGCAAUAUCGCUAUUCAACAUCCUCCUUCUAAAGAACAUCAUCGUAUGAUUGAAGAAUGCAUGAAAGGAGGCAUGUCUACAAACGGCACACAGAGCGUCGCCUUAGACACUUCGUAUUUUGAGAAUGUUUUAAAUGAACAACCUAAUGUGUCGAAUAAAAUUUUGAUAAUGGAUGAAAAUGGUCAGUAUGCUGGCGCCCAAGAACUGCUUCUACCGUUUGCUAUGCGUAGUUUUAUCGAAUAUCAUUAUCAAACGUUGCAAGAAGUAGUUGAUGUUUAUGGUGGCGAAAGUGAUGGUUCGUUUGUUAAAAGUGCACUUGUAAGAUGCGUUAUCAAAAUUGACGAUCGUUAUCACUGGCUCACUGGCGGUAUUUUGCCUUGUAUUAAACGCGACAGCAUUUCGAUAUGCGAUCUGUCGCCGAGCGAAAUUUUAGACAAACGAAAAUGGGACACUCUCUCCAAUUCUUUUCAAAUAGCGCUCGAUAAAGGCGAAAGACUCGUGUACAAAUUAGACGAGCACGAAACUGUCGAAUCUUUGGAUCGUCUUCUAUGGAUGACUAAACAUGAACAUGUUAUUAUAGUUAAAAUACUAGCCGUUGUAGGUGUUGUUCGUUAUAAUUUAGCAAAAGAAUUUGUGAGCAGUUUAUCGAAAAAAAGAGCUGAAGCAAACGCUGUCGGUGAUAAAGUAAAAGACGGAUCUUUUAAAUUGAUGAUAAACGGGCAUUAUGGCUGGACAGCGAGAAAGAGCGAAACCUAUAAAAAUUGCAAGUUUAUAGUGAACAAGCAAAAGUGUCUGAGAAAAAGUUUGCAAAUUAUAAUCGAAUCAGUAAAUUAUUUAAAAGAAAACGGUAUAUUCGAAAAUGAAACCUGUUUGCCUGCCAGUUUAACAACUCUUUUAGACGUGCACGAUGUAGAGCAAGUAUGCAUUGAUUUAAGUGAUAAACGAAUUCGUCGCGAUGGAAUUGAUUCUUAUUCAAGUAUUUAUAAGCAUUUAAUAUUGACUGAAAUAUUUCAUU